UGGCGUAGCACUUGUGUAGCCGGCACGGCAGUAUUCGGUGAACUUUGCCCACUUUGUUUUCUCUCAUCAUAUCCCACCUUAUUUAUACGCCGUCUCGAGCAGGGUCCAUCUACCACUUUCUGCACUUUGGGCUGAGACCUUGUGACUUGCAUUUCCUUCGAGCAGCCCUUUAUAGAGCACCAUGUCCGCUAUAACGAAAGGUAUCUUUAUUGUUGCUGCCAAGCGGACCCCAUUUGGUACUUAUGGAGGAAAGUUUGUGCAGAAGAGCGCAGCUGAGCUCCAGACUGCAGCGACCAAGGCCGCUCUUGUUGCAGGCGGUAUCAAGCCAGAGAUUGUUGAUUCAGUUGUCUUUGGAAAUGUCUUAGCUAUUACCUCCCCAGACUCUAUUUUCAUGCCCCGACAUGUGGCUCUCCACUGUGGAAUACCUCUUGACAGGCCAGCUCUAGGUGUUAACAGACUUUGUGGCACUGGCUUUCAAUCAGUUGUCAAUGGUGCCCAGAAUAUCCUUGUGGGCGAUUCUUCCAUCGUUGUGACUGGCGGUGUUGAUAACAUGAGCCAAGCUCCCCAUGCUGUGAGGAAUAUUCGAUUUGGUGUGGGUCUUGGAGCUCCUCUCCAACUUGAAGACACACUUUGGGUUGGUCUUACUGACACUUACUGCAAGAUGCCAAUGGCUAUCACAGCUGAAAACCUUGCUGAGAAAUACAAAAUCAGCAGGCAAGAGGUUGAUGAAUUUGCUCUACGAUCACAGCAUUUGUGGAAGAAAGCCAAUGAUGAGGGCCGUUUUAAAGAGGAGCUAGCUCCAGUGUCAGUUAAAGUGAAGAAACAAGAUGUUGAAGUAACUGUUGAUGAACAUCCUCGUCCACAAACUACUCUGGAAGGUCUUAAUAAGCUGCCAACAAUCUUUAAAAAAGAUGGUACUGUGACUGCUGGCAAUGCCUCUGGAAUUUGUGAUGGUGCUGGUACAGUGAUCUUGGCUAGCGAAGAAGCUGUAAAGCAGCAUGGUUUGACUCCUCUGGCUCGUCUCGUUGCUUACUCAACAGUUGGAGUUGAGCCAAGCAUUAUGGGUAUUGGCCCUGUCCCUGCUAUUCAGAAUGUAUUGAAAGUCGCUGGGAAAUCUCUAAAUGACAUUGACCUUGUAGAGAUAAAUGAAGCCUUUGCAGCACAAACAUUGGCUUGUGCCAAGGAACUUAAGUUGGACAUGAACAAGUUGAAUGUGAAUGGAGGAGCCAUUGCUUUGGGACACCCACUGGCUGCCUCAGGUGCUCGUAUUACAUCGCACCUCACGCAUGAGCUUAGGAGGCGGAAGGCCAAGUUUGGUAUUGGAUCAGCUUGUAUUGGUGGUGGACAGGGUAUUGCUCUCCUUCUGGAGGCAGUUUAAAUUUGCUAUCUUCAUUUUUAAGAACUGAAGUUUUACCAUGAGGUUGCCUAGUUUCGGGAGGCAUUAUUACGCUUAACAGUAUUUUGUACAGAUGAAUUUUUGUUGAUCAUAUGUUGAGAAUUUUUAAAUGUAUUAUAUCCUCAUGUCCAAUUUAUAAAUGUUUUAUACUUCAAUUUUUUAAAUAAAAAUAAUAGCUGAACAGAAAUUUGUUUUUCAAUUAAUGAUCAAAAUAAAAUGACAUUUUUCAAUCUGA